CGGUGCGAACCGCGAAGAAAACAGAAAAGCCAUGGACGCCGACUCUUUCAACCCCAACAGCGCGCUAAGCGACACGCGCUUCUCCGACCUGAAGCCGCCACUCUCCGAGCCGGUCCUCGAAGCCCUAGCCCAAGGCGGGUUCGAGUUCUGCACGCCGGUUCAAGCCGCCACAAUCCCCUUACUAUGCAGGUUCAAGGACGUGGCGGUGGACGCCGCUACCGGCUCGGGCAAAACCCUAGCCUUCGUGGUUCCACUGGUGGAGAUACUCCGACGAGCUUCAACCGUUCCAAAACCUCAGCAGGUGAUGGGAAUGAUUAUAUCUCCGACUAGGGAGCUGUCUUCGCAAAUAUACAACGUGGCAAAACCCUUCAUUUCGACGCUGCCGAAUUUCAAUUGUGUGCUUUUGGUUGGUGGAGGGCAAGUGAAAGCAGACACGAAGCAAAUAGAGGAGGAAGGAGCCAAUUUGUUGAUUGGCACUCCGGGGAGACUAUACGACAUUAUGGAACGCAUGGAUGGCUUGGAUUUGCGAGACCUUGAGAUUUUGAUUUUAGAUGAGGCUGAUAGGCUCUUGGAUAUGGGUUUCCAGAAGCAGAUAAAUGAUAUUAUGUCUCGCUUGCCAAAGCUUCGUAGAACUGGUCUCUUUUCAGCUACCCAAACUGAAGCAGUUGAAGAGCUGGCCAGAGCAGGACUAAGGAAUCCUGUGAGAGUCGAAGUACGAGCAGAAACAAAAUCGAAUAAUUCGGCAUUGUCGCAACAGUUAGCCUCUUCAAAAACACCUUCUGGCCUUGCCAUUGAGUAUCUGGAGUGCGAGGCAGACAAGAAACCGUCACAACUUGUGGAUCUCCUUGUUAAGAAUAAGUCUAACAAGACCAUAGUAUACUUCAUGACUUGUGCUUGCGUUGACUACUGGGGACUUGUUCUUCCAUUGCUUGGUUCUUUAAAGGGUUUCCCUUUGAUUGCUCUUCAUGGGAAGAUGAAGCAGGCUGCAAGGGAUAAAGCUUUAGCCUCAUUUACAUCUCUAUCAAGUGGCAUCCUUCUAUGUACUGAUGUUGCAGCUCGUGGACUCGAUAUUCCAGGUGUUGACUGUAUAGUGCAGUAUGAUACCCCUCAAGAUCCAAAUGUUUUCGUACAUAGAGUUGGCCGAACAGCUCGUAUGGGUAGACAAGGAAGUGCAAUCGUUUUUCUGUUGCCAAAGGAGGAAGCUUAUGUAGAAUUCCUGCGGAUAAGAAGAGUGCCUCUUCAAGAAAGGAAAUGUUCUGAUGAUGUUUCUAAUGUUAUUCCUCAGAUACGAUCUGCCGCAAAAAAGGACCGUGAUGUCAUGGAAAAGGGACUCAGGGCAUUUGUUUCUUACAUCCGUGCAUAUAAAGAACACCAUUGCUCAUACAUUUUCAGGUGGAAAGAACUUGAAAUUGGGAAACUGGGCAUGGGAUUCGGACUACUGCAGCUCCCUGCAAUGCCUGAGGUCAAGCACCACUCUCUUUCCACAGAGGGUUUCAUCCCUGUUAAAGACAUCAACUUGGAGGAGAUCAAGUUUAAGGAUAAAUCUCGUGAGAAGCAAAGAAAGAAGAAUCUGCAAGCAAAGAAAGAAGCAAAAAAGCAAGAAGUUAAACCUCAAAAACCCAACAAAAGCGCAAAUGAUACAGCUACUCAGAUGAGGAAGAAAACAGCUAAGCAAAGACGUGCUGCCCAGACAGUUGAAGAUGAAGAUGAGUUGGCAAGAGAAUACCGCUUGCUAAAGAAGCUCAAAAGGGGGGAUAUUGACGAAAGUCAAUUUGCGAAGUUAACAGGAACGGAAGACUUACUUUGAAGGAAUAAAUAGACAGAAUGUGAUUCUGGAAUCCAGACAUUAUAGAAGUCUAUAGCCCUUUAUGAAUUUCACAGGUCAUAGAAAACAUUUCAGCUAUGGAUUGGGACGCCCGUAUUUGGACGAAAACAAACUGACCAAGGCAUCUUAAAGUUUGUUGAAAGAUAAAACCUACAGAUGCAACACAAAUUGUUGGAAGACAACUUUGCAGGUGAGGGUCAGAAAGAGCUUUUGCUCCUGCUAGUUUUGAAUACAGGAUCUGUUGAUUAGUAUAAAUUUUUAUCACCGGUUUGUGUUUGUUCGCUUUCUUAUUUAUUAGUUUAACUUGCUCUUCUUGUGAAAUCUUCAGUCUUGUUAAGUUGAUAUCGCCGGAGACUGCAGAAACAGAGAAUUGUAUCAGAACAGUUCAUAAUUUUCCAUGAAUGAAAACAGUAGCAUACAUUCUUGUGUUGCCUUCAA